GCAAGGUGUCAAAUCCGUAUUCACACAUACUUUUCAUUAGAGCUCACAAUAUCAUACAGUUAUCUGUUACAACAUGAAGGUGUGGAACGCUCUUCUGCUGCUGGUCAUAGUGUGGAUAUUCCCAAAUGAAGCAUUAAGGUGUCCUUUGGGCUUUAUACGCCACAAGCAUUCCUGUUACUGGUUCUCAAGUAUGAAAGGAUCCUUUGGAGAGGCAAAUGCUGUUUGUCGUUACCUGAAGAGUCACCUGGCAGAGAUAAAUAAUCGAGAUGAAGAUGAAUUCGUCAGAGGGCACAUCAUGCGCCAUGCGAAGUCACCUUAUUACCUCCUGGGUGGUAGCGACCUGCGGUUGGAGGGCCGGUUUACGUGGCAGGGUCAAGUAACUCCGAUGGUCUACCAGAACUGGAACCCUGGUCAGCCAUCCAACUAUGGUGGCCAAGAGAAUUGUAUGGGCAUAGACAAAACUAUGGGCUACAGAUGGAAUGAUUGGCCGUGUCAGGAUCAACACAACUUUGUCUGUGAAAUAUAGGUUGGGCUAUAUUUACGCGGUCAAAUGAAGGAUACAUGCCGAAAAUAUUCAUUGCUUGGUUUUAAGUAUUGUAUUUAACAAUUUAUAAAAAACAUGAUCAGCAUCAAA